AUGACGACAAUUUCUGAGCUCAAAGCUGACGGUAUUGGAGGCCCCUUACAGGCAGAUGCAAUCCAAAUUCUUGGACAGCGAACAAACCAGAGCUACAUUGAAUCUGUUUUAAAUGUUUCAGAAUGUUACAUUAUAUCGGAUUAUAGCUGUCCUGAAUUAGACAAGUAUCAAAAGGUUCUAGAAAACGAUAUCUAUAUUGAUGUUGGUCUGAAGUCCAGCAUACAACGAAUUCCAGACACAAUCACAAUUCCAAAAACCUGGUUUCGAUUCGUAUCAAAGUCACAGCUGAUUGAACUCGGAGAAGCACCACCAUACUAUCCAGACUUCAUUGGCGUUCUUUCGAAGAUAAGGGAUUGCACAAAAGCAAAUGGAGAACCAUUUGUGUUGCUUAUACUAAGCGACGAAAGAAGAGGCCCCCAGUGGUAUUGCAAUGCACAUGGACUAAUUGAAAUGCCAGGCUACAUAUACAAACUUACUGUUAUCAUUGCCGACACAACGAAUACCAUACCUGCAAUAGUGUUUGAAACAUCAUGUCGUAAGCUAUUAAAAUCAUCAAUCGAAAAAUUCAUAUCCGACAACCCGCUGACUAACAGGAACACCUUGCCUUCAAUCAUGACCGAUCAAAAAGAACAAACCAAGACCAUGUGUAUCCAAAUGCUAAGGGAAUCAACUCCUGACAAUAUAUGUUUCAUAAUAAUCGACAUCCAACAAUCAACUACACCACCGGAGACACCCGUCCCAACAACACCCGGACAAACACUAACGAAAAGAAUCCGAUCGGAUAACGAAACACCUGAGGCAAGUGAUUAUGCACGCCCUGUUGUACGCACCCUGACCUUUACUCCACCAGUUGCCAUCGUCCAAAACACAUUCACCUGCAUCAACCAAACAAGGAAAAACAUGAUAAACGAAGCUCCAGUGGAAAUGCCAUACAGGCAUGUCGUCGUCACCAAAACCUUCAUCAACGAACUCGAUCAAGACACGGUGGUCAUGCUGGACAUCUUCCAGGCAAUGCAGGAGAACAUGGCUUCAACAACCGAGAUUUGCAAGAAAAUCAUCAACGACCACCAAGUCCCAUGA